UUCUACCAAAUCCCUCAAAUAAUAGCUCUAAAAGUACUACAAACAGCACCUUUCAUACAAAAGUUAGUCUUGAAACUAUGGUUUUCUUAACUCUAGAUGUCUGCCAGAGCUUCUCAGUCCCUCAGGAUACAUUAUAGAUCUAGUGUCACGAUAAACCCAGUCCUCUAUGGGACAGGUUACCCCGGGAUAGUCCAUGACUUAUGUAUACGCACCAUGGGAUCAGCACAAGAUAAACCAUGGAUGUAAAGGAUACACACAUAGGACAACAUUAGGCACAAUGAUGCACUAACACCAGGCAGUCACAAAGAAUGAAACACAACCACUUCCAGACCGGAGGGAUAGAAGAGGUCGUAGUUCAGAGAGGGAUUCUGGCAUAACAACUGUAAGAAAGAGUGUGGAGUAUUCAAACUAACUGCACAAAUGGUUGUUCUUAGAAGUAACCCAACAUCCAGGCUUAUUUAAGCAAGGUUCAUUUUCAUGUCAAUAACAGACUUGGUUUUUGUUCAAUAAACUAAACGGGGACCAAUAUUAGUAUUAUCAGUCUUUUUUUUUUACAUUCACAAGAGAAACUGAGUCUGGAGAAAUGUGAGCACUGGCUGUGGUGCCAAGGGAGCGACUGCAGACACAGGACCAAUGUCUUGGUGAAGGGGCACUGGCUGUAUGGAGCCAGGCUAACACACCAACAACCUCAACACAUUGUUACCCAGGCACUCCCAAGGUCAGAGCAGGCAAACAGCGGUAUAUCCGAAUGGGCCUAUUGUGGUCCAGUUGUAUUUUUUUCAAAGACCUCAUGUUUUCCUUUAAAGCUGACCUGAGCAACUAUGUCCAUGAUGUAGUGGCAUGCUACAAAAACAUCCUCUGCUGGGUGAAGGAACAGUGGAUGACUCGUGUCUUCCCAGCGAAUGUCAAUUCCUCACAGUCACGGACACUUUGUCUUCGUUCCCUUCUGACUAACAACAAACCGUUUCUGCAUGGAGUCAGCCCGGAUUUGGGGCCCUCCCACAUCUCCCUGCCUCCGUUCCAUUCCUUUUUAUGCUCCCAGGACGUUUAUUUUUUUGAAAUGAAAACCUCUUAGGACAUGCUCCUACACAUUGUGUGAUGGCGGCGAAUUUGGUGUGGUGUAUUUUUCUUUCUGAAAUAAUUUGAUGCUAUACCCAACCCUUCAACCGAGACACAAUAUCCCUAAAUUCAGCAUGAGGACUGACUUAUUGCUUCUUUAUUUAAUAGAAAGAACCAAUAUUGCACAUUAGUAAGUCUGUAAUUGGCCUAUGCAGGUGAGGUGCCGUUCAAGGUAAGUUUGAGGGAUUCAUCCGUAGGUAUGAUAGGCUAGUUGAAGAAUGAGCGCACAUAGCAAAAUAUUUGUGUGAAAGCGCAAUAUUGCACAAUAUGACUUGCAGGAAACAGGUUUUUCUCACUCUGGGCGUGGGAGACUAUAACAAAGCUGUCAGUUAUUUUUCAGUUGAAAACUUUUUUAAGUGUAUGAAGCAGGAUUUUAGUAAGGUAUGGCUCCAUUGUUCUAUAAUGUGUUGGACAAUACCGACUGCAACUGUUUGGUAAUUUUUGCUCAAAGAAAAUAUUUAUUGUAAUUGAAUGCUUAGUAAGACUAUUAGAUCUGAAAAUAUAUUUUAAUUGAAUAUGUUUUAAAUAAAUGUGCACUAAUUAUUUGCAUAUUGCAUUCAUAAUCUUAAUUUGUCAUUGACCGAUUUAUAUUUUAUGUUUGACCAAUCCUAUAUUUUACGCUUUACAGUAAGAUUCAUAAUUCAUAAAUCAUAAUCCUUGGCCUUCAAAUAUUCUGAACAAUGUCUAUUAAUUUAACUUAUGGGUUUCUGAAUGCCUAAAUCGUUGUUGUUUUUAUGCCUAUGCUAUGCUACCUGAUAUUUUUGUUUGAAGAUGGUGACUGCCGGGCACUAGGACCGAGCGGUGAACCGGCACUCCGCUUUACAACCGCGGGGGGAGGUAUCUGUGAAGAAUUUGGACAAAGUUCCUGUCUAUGCGUUUCCUUGCGGUGUAUAUCUUGCGGUAUAUUGGAAAUUGUAGUGAUCCGUUUAACUUUAACUCGAAAGUAAAAGUUAAAUUAAGUGGAGUCAUUUGUCGUUGAGUGAGUUUCGUUGCAUUGUCUGUGUGUGAUCUUUCUGAAAACACCUGCGUGAUUCAGGUGAGCCCAUCGAUGAAGAGGGAAGUCCUUUUUGGGCGUUAGAAAGUCUUCUCCCUGCAGGGAUGUGUUCCAGUCGGGGUCUGUGCGGGGCCAGGGACCGCCCCCGCUCGUCCAGGUCCGGGAGCAGCGGCUCGGGCGGUCAUUAUGCGCUGUGUGCCCUGGGGGUCGGCCUCAUAGCCCUGGGCAUUGUGAUGAUUGUGUGGACGGUGAUCCCCAAGGACGCGGAGGCGUCGGGCAGCAACGCGUCCGGCAACUCCAGCAAGCCGCUGACGACCGACGAAGAGGAGGAGGCCGAGGACGCCGAUUCGGACAACACAAAGACCUCGUCGGUGGCCUUUGUGCUGGUGGGGGCGGGGCUGAUCAUGCUGCUGCUGUCCAUUUGUCUGGGGCUGAGGAGCAAGAGUCAGCCGGCGGAGAGCACUGGCCAGCGAGCGGCGGCGGCGGUCGGUGGAGCAGCCUAUCAGGGCGCAGCGUCGGGAGAGCAGCCGGAAGAGCAAGCGGUGGCCUACGACGUGCCCUCCUACGACGAGGUGGUGGGCAGCGACACCUACCCCGUACGCAACAGCAACCUGCGCAACAGCAUGGCCCGCCUGCCCUCCUACGAGGACAUCCUCGCCGCCGUGGAGAACGAGGGCGGGGCGGAGCCCGACGGCCACGCCCCGUCGGAGGGUCCCGCCUCGCCGGACGCGGAGGGCGCCGGCACCGGCGCGGGGGCCGCCGGCACCGGCGCGGGGGCCGCCGGCGCCGGCGCGGGGGCCGGCGGCGCCGUCGCGGGGGCCGGCGCGCCCCCCGAGGCCUCCGACCCCACCAAGGACUCCGGCCCGGCAGCGGGCGCCAACCCCCCGGCCCGCAGCAGCAGCCGGGCCAGCCGCAUCCUGGCGCCGCUCCGGGUGCGCCGCAUCAAGUCGGACAAGCUGCACCUGAAGGCGUUCCGCCUGCACAUCCGCAGCCCCACGCACAACGCCGUGACCAUCGAGCCCAUCACGCCGCCCCCGCAGUACGACGACAAGCCGCCCGACCUGGGGUAGAGCCGCCGCCACUCUUGAAGAGCUGUCCGGUUUUCCGGUUUUUAUCAUUGUUCUGGUGGCUGUGACGUAACGCCGGGCGGCUGGUGGGCCGACCGGCUGGCUCCGUCAUGGAGUCUUGGUAGGUACCUACCAAGCAGCCAGGAGUUCAAGCCCUCACAGUGAAACACGAGGAGGGUUUUCAGCUUGAUCUGGUCGUGGUUUUGUGUGUUGUAAACAUUGGUGUGAGUGUGUUUGUGAUGGAGCUUCUCGAUCUGAUGGUGUUGUUCGGGGUGAAAGGACAAUUGGCUUAUUGUUUAUAUUUGUCUUGGGGUUAAAUGCAUUUCGUACAAUAUUGUAUAACGUGUGUUUGCUUGAGAUUAAAAGCUUUCAUUGUAAUUUACAAUAAGGAAUAUGAAUGUGGAUGAUUAUUUUUGCUGUGUAGUGUGUAAUUGUGGACCGUUUUCUAAAUGGGGAUAACAAAAGCCUUAUGUUUUGUUCAACCUCCUCCCGUUAUCUUUGUUUUAAUUGCAUAAAUGGAUAAUAACUAUGGUUGGUGCAGGACUUAAAUUAUAGCUUUGUUUUUCUAUUAUCAUUGAGAUGUACAAUGUCGUUUCUUGGAGCAAGAACCACAAUUGACGUGUGAUGGAUGUUUGAUAUGCCUGUUAUUAUUAUUAAGUAUUGUUAAUAAAUGUUUACUUGGCA